AUGACCGAAGGGGGAUUUGUCGUGGGUUGGGAGCAACACACAUCUUCCAGCCAACUCGCCCGCUCCGGUGCCUCAGAAAUUGGGUAUCCAGAUGCCGCAAAUCUCGCUCACCUCUCACGGGCGCUGUAUUUCCCUCGUCACGACAGAAAAAACACUCAACUGGCCGUGCACGAUGUCAGCACCAAGUAUGCAGCGGCGACGGGCACACUCCCCAUCGGGUGCACCAAAUACUUGGUAGCCGUGGGAGCAAUGUUGAACCCGCACGGCGAUGCACUAGAUAAUACCACCAUCGCGUACGAUGUGGAUUUCAAUCUAGGAGAUGGAGAUGCGGUAAUCGGGUCGGUGAAAUCUCGGGCACCAGCCCCGUCGGCUGGGGUAGACUUGGCGAUAUCCACUACAGAAGACGAAGCUGCCGUCUUAAUUACCAACAGCGAAAAUCCAUCCAAGAUACCCCUCGACGUCACAUACCCCAUUACCCCCUCGUCAACUCGCACCGGCACCGUCAAACACCCUUACUUCACCUUCGAAGUCCCCGAUGACGACGAUAAAUCAACUGUCUUCCAAUGGCAGAUCCACCCCGUUCAGCACGGGCGCUUGCGGUAUACUCUUGUCCGCAACCCUGAGCAAUCCGGCAGUCCUGAUAUUCAGGCUGUAUACUACCACCUCAGGCUUGAUGACUCGUUCGCGCUGCCGUACAGUGAGGGCAUGCUGCUUCUUCCUGCUCUCCAGAGCUCCGAAGAAAGUGUCGUGGUGACCAGUGCUAUAGCGAUGCUGUGGCGGCUGCGGGAACUCCACACCGGCAAGGGUAAGAUUGGGAAGGGGAAGACGGACAGCAAAUUGAAGCGACUAUUUGGGAAGAAGUAA